AUGUCACAUCACAGUGCCCGAAACAACUCGUACUGUCCAAGCGAUCCGCCAAACCAAUACAGAACUCGUGAAGGCCAUCUGAACUCAAACCCUGCUCGAAACCAGCCAUUUACUGGUACAGGCGACACUCCUAAUGCCCAGGGGCUUCCCCCACAAACCGCAGGCCAUGGGUUUACCAGUCAGUACAGUGUCUCAUCAACCCCUUCAGCUAACCAGUGGGCUGCAAUCAAUAGCGACUACACCCCCUCCUUAGGAGGAGGCGGUAACAUGUUAGACUACGACAUGCCCCCUGGCACCAAUUGUGGAGACAAUAACCCCGACCAGACAUUGUACUCACCAAGUGGACAUCACAUCCGUUACUCAUCCAUGCCUCAGGAUCGUACUCAGGCAGGAGGAGGCUUCGACCGAACAGGUAAUCAGUCAGGAGGCGGCUUUGACCGCACGUCCCAGGUCAACCCAGCCAGCUCAGACCCGCGUGCUAGCUUUGAGACACAAGCUGGGCCAAUCAGGACACAGCCUCGGACUGGAUUGUCUUCCCCCUCCCCCAUGAGCUUCCACACCAGUAGAAGUAAUAGCUCCGAUCAAACCGAUAGAUCAGACCUCCCUAGCAGUUUAGACAGCAACCCACCACCACAUCGAGUGCGCUCUAUCAACCCGAGGGCCCUUGAAUCUGUCCAAAACCGACUCCGAUCGAUGGGUUCCCAUUAUCGGCUCUCUGAGGACCUCAUCCAAUGGGCUCAAACCCUCUUGGAUAUGCCUGAGGAGGAGCGAUGGCUUAUGUCAAUCCUCAUCAGCCUCAACAGCCAAAUUCCUCCAGUCCCAUCUGUCCAACCAGCCGCUGAAACAGCGAUCCGACAGAUUUUAUUGAGACCCGAUCUUCAGUCUUAUGUCCCCCACAAGGCCAAGAAAGACCACGUGGACAUGUCGCCACAUGGCAUACUUAUGGGAAUACUUCAACAGGAAAGUGAUGGGUUCAAGCAAAUGUACUUGCCCAAAGACUUUCAUAAAGAUGCCCUGUACAAGCGAGCUCUUGACAAGCUGAUUGCUGACAUUCUCAAGGGGGAGAAGAGCAACCUCGCUACCAUGCUCAGAAUCGGAUUCGGACCAGAAGACCCCGCCAUCCCCCCACCAAAAUUGCCUGAAAUCAUCGGCAACGCACGACUAGCCUACAUAAGAUCAAUGAUCAACCUCCAUCGACUAGCACGGAUCGCAAAACCCAAUGCAACAAAUCUACCAUCCUUCUGGGACGAGAUCGAUGAAGAUCUAAAGGAACGUCGAAAAAACACCUCACUCCGCAACAAUGUCUUUGGACAGUUGAUCCUUGACAAGGAUGCUCAACUCUGGGAUGGCGAGAAAACGAUCCACGACUGGACCGAGUCCGAUCAACAGCUCCCAUCAGAUGAGGAAGUCCAAGCGAGGGUUGAACUGGAAACCGAUGGUCGACCAGCAGGUCCUGCUGUACCUAACAUCUAG